AUGACUAGCUCCUCUACCCCAGACAUCGCUGCCCAAGUCGCGACCCUUUCCCUUGGCACCCAGCCCUCUCAGCAACGCCUUCAUGAUGCUUAUGACUACGAUGGCAACUCGAGUGGUAAUGGUAGAUCCCCGUACCACUACUCCACGUCUCCUCCUAUCCCUGCCCAGUCGCAGUACAAUCCGCUCGGCAUGAAUCAGUCCCCCCUCAAGAAUAAGGCUUCUCGUGCCGCACUGCCAUCCCAAUGGCUGGACAACUCGGCAGGCAUCCCUGACAAUCGCUCUCUGUCGCCCCCAAAUAAUUCCGACCUGUCCUCGUCCGGAGGCUCCCCGCCCUUGAGUCACAUGCACGCACCACAGCCGCCAAUCACCCCCGGCACACCUGCGGGAGACGACGAAAUCAUACCAACCGCUAUCGUCAUAAAGAACAUUCCCUUCAAUGUCAAACGCGAGACUCUGCUCGAUAUCAUAGCAUCACUGGCGAUUCCAACACCUUAUGCGUUCAACUAUCAUCUCGACCAGUCGGGCCAGUUCCGUGGGCUCGCCUUCGCUAAUUUCCGGCAGGCGUCUGAUGCAGAUGCCGUCGUCGCGGCGCUCAAUGGGUUCGAUGUGCAAGGACGCAAGCUCCGCGUUGAGUACAAGAAGGUGCUCCAGGCAGGAGAGAAGGAGCGGAUUGAGAGGGAGAAAGCGAUCCGUCGAAUGCGCUCCAUGCAGCUGGAGAAGGAGCAAGCCGCUAUGCAGCAGCAACAUCAGCAGUCACCGUACGAUGAGUUCGGAUCUGUUCUGUCGACGCCGUUCACACCCCAGCGCUCGUUCUCAGCCUCCAACGUGUAUCAAAGUCAGCAGUACUCUCCUCCUCAGAUGCCUCCUCUGCCGACCUCGCAGUCCUUCAACGUCUCCUCCCCGCCACUGCCCUCCGUGUCUCCCGGCCUUGGUGGUGGUGUGAAGUCCUCCAACGAGCUUGACCUCAACGACCCGUCGACUCUCGAGAUUUACUCGCGCAUCCUGCUCUUCAAGGACGAUCCCAUGCGCGAUGAGCUCGCGUUCUCACGGGCCUUGACGGCAAAGCAGCGACGUGUGGUACACCUCGUGGCGCAGAAGCUUGGUGUCUACCACUACUCUGUGGGAGAAGGCGAUGAGCGUUAUGCUGUUGUGACCCGCAUCGACCCCAACCCCGUAAGUACGGGCCGGCAGACGCUUUCUCGCGCACCUGCGUCGUACUUGUCGCCGACAUCUCCGAUGUCCGCGCAGUCGCUCCGCGUCAAGAAGUCCAUGCCUGACAUGAAGAGUCUCCAGCAGGCGGCGCCCCGACUCACCACGCGCUCCUCCAACGGCAACAUUCGUGAAGGCUACGCGACCAUCGCCUCUCCGUCCCGCCGCUCACCUGGCUUUGCCGCACUCUUUGGGAACGGCGCGUUCGGCGGGAAUGGCAUCCCUCCCGUGCCUACGCUCCCUGCUAGUGUCUCAGGCCUGAGCGGCGCGGGCGGCGGCAUGGAUAGCCCGACCGGGGUCGUACGUCAACCCCGUGGACCUGGCGUCGGUGGGUUUGAGUCGAGGCGCGAGCGCCGCGAGAGUCAGACCAACCGUGGCGGCUUCGAGGCGCGUUCCCAUGAGCCGCUGGAGAUCUAA